AGCUGCAUCUCGCCAAGACGUUUCUGCCGCGAUAAUCGGCAGCGGGUGCAUAUCCAGUUGCAGCUACGCGUGUACGCCUCCUCUACCAUAGGAGGACGCCGCAAUCGCGAGCACCGCGGCCGCCAGAGGCACACAGACCCCAGUCGCCGAUAGCUGCCAUUGGCAGCCCAAACGCCGGCGGCGCGACGAGAAACCGCAGCGCGGCACCGCCUUACGCAAGCGCGCAACGCAACCAUGCCCCGCCUCGCCCUCCUCUUGACGCUCGUGGCGCACGCCGGCGCGAUCGCCUUCGUCACCAAGCCUGUUGGUGGCUUCCUGAGUCGCACGAAAGCUUUGGUUAAUGAGCAGAAGGCCGCGAACAAGAUACGGAAGCGCCGCAAGGACGGCGUGAACCUGCUGUAUCCGGAGUGGGACCGCCUCGAGAACGCGAACAACGACAUCGGGAAGUGCUUUUCUGUUUUAUGGCUCGCGUUGUACGCGAAGUUGUACACGCCGCUAGCCUUGUACUUCUACCCGGGCAUGCUGCCGUCGACCUACGAGACGCCGGUGACGCGCGCCAGACGCUUCGCCGACGGGGAAAAAAGACGGAAACAAGCUCUGGAAAAGAUGCUCGACGCCUUCGACAAAGCCGCCCUCGACAAGAAGAAGGCGCAGACCCCGGCCGACAUUUCUUUGGAACACGUCAACUGCCUCCAGGGUGUAUUAGGAGCGUCGUCGAAGAAAGCGGCUUUACGCAUAGCGAUGAACGCCGAGGGCGAGGAACUACCAUCAGUCGCGCUCAAGGCGGCGUCGCGCGCUUUAGAUGGGCCCUACGGCUGGCUGCCGCGCUGGAUGCACCGGGGCCACGUGCGCAAGGGCAUGGAGCGGUUGGUCGACGGAGAUGCGGCUUUACGGCGGAGCGAGAUCGACGCGUUGCCCGUCGAAUGCCUCGAGUCCGCGUGCGCCGCGCGCUCGUUGCUGCGACCGUCUUCGGAAGAAAUGCGGUCGGGCCUGAAGGAGUGGCUCGCGCUCUGCGACCGGACGGAUGCCGAGGGCGACGGCGCGGACGCGAAGCGCGCGCGCCUGGCGCUGCUAGCCGUGAACACGGCGGCGUCGGUCCGCGCGCGGGCGCCGAAGGCGCAGCCGGCGAAGACGCUGUUGUACGCGGGGGGCGGGUACUAG